AUGUUUUAUCAAGUUUUACGUAAUGAAAUUGGUUUUACAUCAAAUGAAAUACAAUUACUUACACGUUAUUUAUGUCAUAAUGAUCCACAAUGUACGAAAACAAUAGCAGUACCACUGCCCAUAUAUUAUGCCACAGAUCAUGUGGCAUAUUAUAUAAAUGAUUAUAAUUCUGAACCAAAGGACGUAUUAUGGAACACGAAUGACAAUAAGUUUAAUAAAAACCAAAACCGGCAUGGUGAACAAAUAAAUCUUGAUCUUGAAUCUACUAUGUAUAUUAUGACUUCAGCACGUGAAUCAACAAAUACAUUACAAGACAUUAUUUAUGAUGAACUUACAUUAUGA